AUGACUUUCCAGUGUCAGCGGGAUUGUUAUAUGAAAGAGUUUGUCACAACUGUAUUAUCCUGUUGUCCUGGCGAGCUCAAGCAGGAAAUAGGUGGAAAGAAAGAAACUGUGAAGGGAUUCACUGUCAAGCUGAAGGACACCAUUUUAUUUCCUGAGGGUGGUGGCCAGCCAGAUGACCACGGGCUGAUUGCUGACAUCCCAGUAUUGAGAGUGACUAGACAGGGCCAAGAUGCCGCACACUUUGUGGGCUCACCCCUGGAGGUGGGUCAGGAGGUGCAAGUGAAGGUAGAUUGGCAGAGGAGGUUCGACCACAUGCAGCAACACUCAGGACAGCAUUUGAUCUCAGCAUUGGCUGAAAGCAUGUUUGGAUAUGUGACAACAUCUUGGGAACUUGGGCGUCAGAGAAGCAACAUUGAACUGGACACCCCGGCUGUUAAACCAGGCCAAGUGCAGGCACUGGAGGAAGCUGCCAAUGAGAAGAUCAGAGCUCACAUCCCAGUUAAUGUUAAGCUACUUUAUGGUGACAGCCCUGAGCUGGAAAAGGUGAGGAGCAAAGAGCUGCCCGACGACCACGCGUGGCCAAUUCGAAUAAUUGAUAUCGAGGGAGUCGACGCCAACAUGUGUUGUGGAACGCAUGUGUCGAACCUCAGUCACUUACAGGUUAUUAAACUGCUGGGGACAGAGAAAGGAAAGAAAAACAAAACUAACCUGAUUUUCCUGGUGGGAAACAGGGUGUUGAAAUAUGCAGAGAAAAGCUACUGUACUGAGCGCUCUUUGGUGGCUCUUCUAAAAACUGGGCCUGAUGAGCAUGUUGAGGCAGUGGACAAAUUGCAGAAAUCAAUGAAGCUUGUGCAGAAAACAAACCUGACCCUGCUUCGAGAUAUGGCCGUCAUCAUCACUCAAAACUUUAAAAAUGACCCAAAUCGCGGCAACUUCUUCAGCUUGCACAAGAAAGAAGGCGACAAUGAAUUCAUGAAUAUUAUUGUUAAUGAAAUGAACACAGAGGAAACUUUAGUUUUCCUUACUGUAGGAGAGGAAAAGGGGCCUGGUAUGUUUCUGCUAGCUGGACCCAGCGAGCAAGUGACAGCGAUGGGACCACGGUUAUUGGAGCUGCUUCAAGGGAAAGGAGCAGGAAAAAAUGGACGUUUCCAAGGCAAAGCCAACAGCCUGGCACGUAGAAGCGAGGUGGAAGCUUUAUUACAACAACACUGCAAUCGUCAUACCUCAAAGGAACAAUAA